CGGGAGAGGAAGGAGACAAUAGAAAUAGUGAUGUCUACUUCAUUUGCCCUUUCGAAGAAGAGGCUGCUGCCGAAGGUGUAUGUCUCGCAGUCUGUUGUUGGUGGAGAGGAGGAGAAGCCGUCAAGGCCACACUCGGUCAUACUGGAUCACCAUUUCAAUCGCAGACUCGAUAUCACAAUACCAACGCAGGCGUAUGAAUCCAAGUUUGCAAAGUCGCCUUUGUUCAACGGUGAAGCCUGUGCGAGAGAAUGGAAGUAUUACCACUGCACAACCUCGCUCGCGUCCUUCAUCCAUCCCGAGUUUCUAAACCAAUUCGUGAAGAAGAACAAUUGUCUUGUGCUUUCCCUGACAAAGAUCGAUACGGAGAACGUGUACUGCAUAUACGACGGUAAACUGAGAUUAUCGCUACGAAAAGAAGCAUACGAAAGUGCUGGUCUACAAGGAAAGAGAUCACAGUUCUCAAAAACCAGAUACAAUGUCGAGCUGAACUUGCGAAGUCCGCUCCUUCUCCCGGGAAACAAGACAUUUGACCGUCUGGUAUUCUCAUGUAAUGAGACUCUUUUGAAAGACCCUGUCCAAUUCCUAUUCUGCGUCUUCCCGACCGCAGCCACUGCAUCAUCUCCUCUACCACCCAUCCCCGAGCAUCUUCACGCGACACCGUACCCGUAUUCAUUCGACUCUCUACCUCUCGGCACAGUGUGUGUUCCGUCACUCCAGCCACAGCAGCUUGCCCACUCGAUGACCAAGUUUCUCACAAGUAGUAAAAAGGAUGAAUUGAGGCAGUACCAGGAGGAGACGUUGAACGAGGGGUUGGCUCAUAUCUUUGAAUGGACGUCGCUCUUGUCCUUGCAGAGUCCGCGCGUGGUUUUGGGAGAUGAUAUUAACCCGUUAUUGUCUUCAUACGAGGUGUUUACUGACGACCCCGAGGAGUCUCCUCGGGCGGAUCAGGCGAGUUUAGUACGGAUAGAGGGUAUGAUUACGUCUGGGGUUGUGCACAAGAUGUUCAAGAAUUUAAUCAUAAAUCUCCCCGAGGACAAAUGGGCUGUGUUGACAGUAUAUGGAUUUGACGACAGUCCGGUGAGCUGGAGGUCGGAGGAGCAUUCGUAUUUGCUGAGCGGCGAGAACGGGUAUACGAUUGUGAUCAAGCCGUGCGAGAGGUCUGCUGGGGUGAGUGAGCGGGGGGUGCUGGUGUUUGAGCAUGUGUGCAGUCACGAUAUGCAUAGUCAGUAGCUGUACUAUUAUAAGAAGAACAAAUAAAUAGAUGGAUGUAACGAUAUAAGAA